AUGCACCUUUGUCGAAGAAGCUCCCCGGCGACGGAGACAGGCGAAUCCGGCCGCCAAUUCAGACACUGCUUCGGCGGCCCCCCUAGUCCGUCAAAGACGAUCGUGAGGCUUUCCCACCUUUAUCAAUUGAUUCCACGCGAGGGACUCCUCAGUCCUGCAGCUCUUUAUCAUCGGGCUAAGUCUAGAGAUAACAGAGAUUCCGAGGGCAAUGGACACCACGCCCCACGACGGCAGUCUGCCGAGUCUAUUCGCACUGGCCCGGUUAUUGACGAUUAUGCGAACCUGCAGGGCGACUCUUUAUUGAAGCGGACGCUCGGCCUCCAAAAUCACCGAUACGCAAAAUACAUCGGACCGACCGACGAACAUGAUUUCGCACUUCUAGAUCUCCGACUGUACGACGACCUUCGAGGGGAGAGCCCUGCCGACCAAGGGUCUUUCCGCAAGGUUGGACCGAACGAGUUCUUCCACCAGUACGCCGAUGCCGACUCGCCGAAUCACGCCAGAGAGGUCCAGGAGCUCGACAACAUUGAGCGCAUCGUCGCCCCUCACGGCGAGGCCUUGAUCAGACUCUACUUUCGCAUUGUGCACCCGAGCUUCCCCAUCCUGCACAAGAAGGUGUACCUGGAGAAGUAUGGCCGGACCCAUCGAGAAUUUUCGCCCCCGUUGCUCGCGGCCGUCUAUCUGCUGGCGCUGAACUGGUGGUCGUACAGCUCGGAGCUCGCCAAACUCCCCAAGCCCGACGUGGUCGAACUCGAAGACAUCGCCUAUCGGACACUGCAGGACGUGUCACAUCGCGCCAAGUUGUCCACCGUGCAGGCGGGCCUCCUCCUUCUCCAACGUCCGGGGAGCAAUCAAGCGUGGCAGCUGACUUCGCAGCUCGUCGCCAUCGGUCAAGACCUUGGCUUGCAUCUGGACUGCACGAAUUGGCGGAUACCAACGUGGGAGAAGGGGCUUCGAAAACGCCUCGCCUGGGCUCUCUUUCUGCAAGACGCGUGGUCAGCGUUGAUCUACGGACGUCCUCCCCACAUUUGCUCCAGCAACUGGGCUGUGCAGCCCGUGGUCGGCGGUGAUUUCCCGGAGAGCGCGGCCGACGAGGAUGGCGAGGAAGGCAGUACAGAAGUCGAGAAGGGCAGAACCUUGUUCAGCGCCAUGAUCACGCUCACCAAGAUGCUCUCCGAAGUCUUGGAAGGGCUUUACUCACUCAAGGCGGAGAUGGAGGUCAAGAGCUCCUACGACACCACCAAGGCGAUCCUGGAACGCGCGAAGCCGAUCCAGCUCAAACUGCGGUCCUGGUACGCCGAAAUGCCCGAGGCCCUGCGCAUGGAUGCCACGCGCGUCGGCAAGCUGAGCUCGGUGGGCUACUUGCACCUGGCCUACUUCGCCACCGAAAUCACGCUGCACCGGCGCAUCCUCCGCUCGCUCUCCCACAACACGGACCCAUACAUGAUCCAGAUCUGCCGGUCUGCGGCCAAAGCCCGGCUCAUCAGCGCCAUGGACUUCUUCAACCGCCUGAAACCGGAGCAUCUGCAGUCGUUCUGGUACUUUGCGUCGAAGUUCAACUUUGCCCUGAUCGGUACGUUUGCGGGGUUAUGCUUCGUCACCUCGGUCAGCCAGGAAGAAGCCGAGUUCUACCAGCGACGACUGCAGGAGUAUCGAUGGACGCUGCGAGUGUCCAACAAGAGCGCCGAGUUUCUCGAAAUCGCCAGCGGCAUCCUCGAGUCGGCGGUGGGGUCGUUGCUGAAGGCCGCCGACUCGAUCGAUAGUCGGAGGUUGUCGUUCCCUAUGCUCCAGCCACAGCCCGAGGACGACAUUGCAAUGGAAUCGUUCUUUCCAGGCACUGACGAUGCCUUUUAUGAUACUCCGAUGGAGGCUUGA